GAGCGGUUGGGCGGCGUAGAAUAUGAUGGCGUUUGGUUCGCCCCUCAUUCAUGAACUGCAACCACUCGCCACAGGGAGUGAGUGAGAGAGAGAGCAUAUCAACCCGCUUCUCUCUUUAUUUAUUUCUUUCUAUAUAGUAACUUGACGCUUCUUUCUCCCUUUCCCGCACCAGCAAGCGACCUAGGAUCUGUUUUACAUACAUGCCCACAGGUUCUCAAUCGAUUUCAGGGCGAAGAAGAGAGAGAGAUGGUCGGACCGAAUCGGCCUCAAAUCGUGCUCUUCGGCUCCUCCAUAGUGCAGCUCAGCUUCAGCAACGGCGGCUGGGGUGCCAUUCUCGCCGACGUUUACGCUCGCAAAGCAGAUAUAGUGUUGAGAGGAUACUACAGCUGGAAUUCAAGACGUGCUCUUCAGGUUCUUCAUGAAGUUUUCCCAAGGGAUACAGCCAUCCAGCCUUCUCUAGUGAUCGUUUACUUCGGUGGUAAUGAUUCAAUGGGACCCCACUCGUCUGGUCUAGGACCUCAUGUUCCUCUUCCUGAAUAUAUUGAAAACAUGAGAAAGAUUGCACUUCAUCUCAAGAGUCUUUCAGACAAUAUACGUGUGAUUUUUCUUAGCUGUCCACCUGUCAAUGAGGCCCAACUUCAAGAAAAUGCAAGUAAAUAUUUCAGUGAAAUAGUUCGAACAAAUGAAUUAUGCCGAAGUUACUCAGAAGCUUGCAUAAAGUUGUGUGAGGAAAUGGAAGUGAAGGUUGUUGAUCUUUGGAGUGCAUUUCAGAGACGAGAUGAUUGGUUAACUGUUUGCUUUACAGACGGGGUUCAUUUAUCCGCAGAGGGGAGUAAGAUAGUGGUCGAGGAAAUACUGAAGGUGCUCAAGGAAGCAGAGUGGGAGCCAAGUCUACAUUGGAAGUCCAUGCCCACUGAGUUUGGAGAGGAUUCAUCAUAUGACCUAGUUGCUUCUGAUGGAAAAACAACUAUAAAUCCUUCGGAAUGGACCUUUCACAGGGAAAUUCAAUGGGAUUAGACUGCAAGGAAAUGUCGUAUUUCUGAGGAGAAUACAGCUCAACACAACUGCAGUUGCGAAAUUUGUUGAUGAAAUGCGCACAAAUUAAGAGAUAAUUCUGAAGCUUGCGGUACAAAAUUUCCUGGCUUGGUGAUGUCUAUUAUAUUGUGACAACAGGUCAAGUUGUUAGUCCUGGUAUAUAGAGUCUUGCUAUGUUAAUCAGGAAGCCUGUUGUGACUAAGUAACAUGAUUGUUACUGCAAUAAAAUUGUUACCGAGUCCGGGAAGCAACUUUCCUCCUUUCA